AAAAAGGCACUUUUAAUUCAGCCAUAGUAAAAAUUACUCACGCAAAAACUCAAUAUCGAUUCGAAAGACAAUCACAACAAUCUCUCGGUAAAGUUAAAGUGGAAAAUCGACGGCCAUUCGUCAUCGUUGGUAAUGAGACACACUUUACUCGUGAUAUUCAUAUAGGGGAUUUAAUAGUGAUUGGAGAUGAAAAAAAGCAAGUAAUUGAAAUUAUGACCGAUACAAUAUUAAAAAUUUCCAGCAAUGCUAUUCAAUAUGUUAAUAUCGAAUAUGGAGUUUGGAAUGAAUUUAGCAUUGAGACACGAACAACUAUCAAUGGACUCCUUGAUGUUUACUCAAUGGUAUUCACGAAAUAUGCGGUAACAAGUCCAAUUGGUCGCGUAGACAAUCCAUUAACACUUACAGUUGUAGUCGAUAAUCCGAACAAAAAUUUAGAAAACUAUCCGGUUAAAGUUAAAAAAUAUAUCGAAAAAAUGUUUGCAAAGUUUAAAAAAGAAACAAAAAAGCCACUCGGUCAUUUAAAAAAUUUUAAUACUAGAUUUACAACAUUUCAAGACAUUAAAGAUAAUUUCACAAUUUAUCAACUUGGCGA